UACAUACACAGGUACUUGUCGACUUACGACCGCGAUUGGUUCCGACUGACUGACUGGUUUUAAGUUGAUCUGGACGUAAGUCGGCCUAUGUUAAUUUAAGCUUUUAUCUGCCAAGGUUAAAACUAAAAAGUUGGAAAAUAGUCUAACACAGGAGAGGAACAUCAACUCAGGCAGGCAAAAUUUGAUAUAUGAAAUCCAUAAAGAAAUGGCUGAAAUGAAAAAAAAAUAUGAAAAAAAGCUUGUAUCUGCCAAGGUUAAAACUACAAAGUUGGAAAAUAGUAUAACACGGGAGAGGAACAUCCACUCAGGCAGGCAAAGGUUAUUAUUUAAAAUCAAAAAAGAAAUGGCUGAAAUGAAAAACGAAUAUGAAAAAAAGCUUGAAUCUGCCAAGGUUAAAACUACAAAGUUGGAAAAUAGUCUAACACAGGAGAGGAACAUCAACUCAGGCAUGCAAACAUUGAUAUUUAAAAUCAAAAAAGAAAUGGCUGAAAUGAAAAACAAAUAUGAAAAAAAGCUUGAAUCUGCCAAGGUUAAAACUACAAAGUGGAAAAAUAGUCUAACACAGGAGAAGAAGAUCAACUCAGGCAUGAAAAGGUUGAUUUUUAAAAUCCAAAAAGAAAUGACUGAAAUGAAAAUAAAAUAUGAAAAAAAGCUUGUAUCUGCCAAGGUUAAAACUACAAAGUGGAAAAAUAGUCUAACACAGGAGAAGAAGAUCAACUCAGGCAGGCGAAGGUUGAUACUUAAAAUCCAAAAAGAAAUGGCUGAAAUGAAAAAAAGACAUCAAGAUAAGGACCAAGAGAUUGAGAAAAUGAAGGAACUAAGUGAACAAAAUCAGAAGUUGAUAGAAGAGAACGAUGUCUACAAGCAGGAGAUAGUUGGAGUAAAAGCAAAGUUAUCUGAAGUUUCAGAAAAACUGUACAAAGGUGAAAUGGACCGAACGAAGGAAGCUACACAAUCAGAUACUGGAGCUGAAGUUUCCAUCUACCCAAAGCACCAUGAUGUUCCAGCAAUGAUGGAUGGAUUAAAAGCCAGAAGUCUGUAUGACCAUCAGCAUCAAGUGACUCCGUGAGAACCCUAACUACAAAGAGGACUAUUUCAUUUAUGUUAGGUAGAAUGCCCAGAGGGGACUGGGUGGUCUCGUGGCCUGGAACCCCCUACAGAUUUUAUUUUUUUUCUCCAGCCUUCUGGAGUUUUUUUUUUUUUUGUUUGUUUUUUCUGUCCACCCUGGCCAUCGGACCUUACUCCUUUCUAUGUUAACUAAUGUUG